AUGGCUAACAGUUUAGCAAAAGUUUUUGCAACUGAAGAUUUUAAUCCUGAAAAAUUUGUAAAAGAACUUAGCGCACAAUGUGUUGGAGCAGAUGAAUUAAGACAACAAAGAGCUAAAAUUCAAGAACUUGCAAAUAAUACUUCUGCACAAUUAAAACGUAAUGUUUAUCAAAACUAUAUGCAAUUUAUAGAAACUGCCAAGGAAAUUUCACAUUUAGAAAGUGAAAUGUACCAGUUAUCUCAAUUACUCAGUGAACAACGUUCAUUGUUAAGUACAUUAGGAUCUACCAGAACUACUGGUGUUACUUUUGAAGAUUUAUCUGAAUCCCAAUUAGAAAAUAUUAAUAAUUCUACUACUAAAGAAGAAGAACAAAAACAAAAAUUAAUGCAAUUACUUGAAAAUGUAGAAGGUGCUAUGAGUUUAGCAGAAAUACCUGGUCGUAUAUGUUUACAUGAAGGAUCUUUGUUAGAAUUAGAUCCCUUAGAGGGGACUCCAUUAAAAAGAGUUCAUGCAUAUUUAUUUACUGAUAUUCUAAUGAUUGCUUCUUGGUUAGCAAAUGGAAAUAGAAGAGGACCACCAAAAUAUAAAAUGCAAGCUGUUUAUAAUCUUGAAAGUUUAGCAAUUGUUAAUGUCAGAGAUCUUGGAACAGUAAAAUUAGCAUUCAAACUUUUAGCAUUCUCUGAUACUAGGGUAUUUCAAUGUGCAACUGCAACAAGUAAAAAAGAAUGGUUAGAUAAAUGUGAACAAGCAAAAAGAAUGAAAUUGAUUGAAGAUAAUCCAAAUGAGACAUCCGAAAAUAAUAAAUGUUCAAAAGAAGAGAAAAUAACGAUGCCUUCUCGAUCGAUGUCACUCGAUUCGAACACUCUCGGUAUAGAUGAUGAAGAUACAGAAUAUCAUGAACCACCACCAGAAUGGAUAUUAGAAGUGGCAGAAGAUUUAGAUUCUUGCAUAGCACAACGUCAUUUUGAGGAAGCUUAUAGUCUUUUAGAAAAAGCAAAAACUUAUUUAAAAGAUGUACAAAUAACACCACUUUUAUUAGAAAUCCAGUUAAAGGUAAAUGAUAGAGGAAAAUCAUUAAUUGAAGUUUUAACAAAAGAACUUGAAUUAAGUGCAGAAGCGAAAUCUUUGCAAGGUGGUGGUUUAAGAAGUGCACGUCGCGUAGUAAAACUAUUGAUACAAUUAAAUAGAAAUGCUCAAGCCUGUCAAUUAUAUUUGCGGCUAUGUAGUGCUAUGUUAAAAGCACGUUUAAAACGAGUUAAAAAAGAAGGAGCUAUUGCACCUUAUGUAAAGCAACUUAGUGCAAUUGCUUUUAGUAAUAUCGUUGAAAUCACAAAAGAAUUCUUAAAACUUUUCCCACAGUCAACAAAUUGUACAUCUGGUUUGGUACUUUGGUGUAGUCAAGAAGUAAAAUAUUUAACGACACAUUUAACUAAGCAACUUUUUAUUCCACAAGUGUCUCUAAGCACUUUAGUAGAAUGUAUUGUUUGUGUUCGAAGUCACUGCGAUCAGUUAAUGCAAUUAGGAAUGGAUUUUCGUUAUCAAUUGGAUGGUCAACUCAGAUCCCCAUUAGCAAAAGCUAUACAAGAUACGGGUGAAAAAUACAUUGAUACUGUGAAAGAAUAUAUAGCAAAAGAUACGUGGCGGCCAACUAAUUUAGAAAGUUGCAAAAAUGUUCAAAAAUUUCUAUUAGAAUUUGAUGAUCUUGGAAUAACUGUUCCAUCAUCUUAUAUAACAAAUGAUUGUUGGAUUGCAUUAACUGAUAAUACUUUAACUUUUUCAAAAAUUUAUGUAAGUCUACUAGAAGAUUGUCUUAGCGUUGCUACACCUGAAUUAAUGGCAAUAAUAGAUUCAGUUUUAAUAUCAGUUAUGCGAAUUCAAGUGCAACAUAUAAUAGUAUCACUUACAAAUCCAAGAUUAAAACAAGAGAAACAAUUGGUGCAUGAUAAUGCUUCAUAUAUCCGAGAUAUUUUAAUUAUGCGGGGAUUAGAAUUGUAUAAAUCAACAACAAAUCAAGUUUUUAAGAAAUUGUUAGCUUUAAAAGAGCAAAUUGUAUUCGAUUCGUCUCCAAGUAAACCAAAACCUGCUCCUAGGACUUCUGUACCUAAGUAUUCUACCACAGAAUAUAUUUAAAAUU